AUGUCCAUGUUGCAAUGGAGCGUCCUUCUGGGUGUGCUACACAAGGCGGCUGCUUUCGUCCUGCUGCCACCUGCUGCCGGACCUACUGCAUCAAGCACUUGGGUACGGAGCACGUGCGGAUCGAGCGCUAGCAGCGCCUCCGCUUGGACGACAUACCCGACAUGCAUGCUCAGGGGGCAGGCUGCAGCUGUGGCGGGUGCUGCUCGCGCGUCGCCGCCGGAUAGGCCCGCCUCUACCGCGAAUAGGAGGAGGAGGCCAACGACUCUCGCUGCCGGGGCCGAUGGGUGCUUCCACGCGUCCCCUGGGAGGCGUUCGGGGGGGAGUGGAGAAGGCGGAAGACGAAAACUGGGAGGAGCAACGGGGCGGACGUCGACGAUGAGAAAGUCUUCGACAUUGGAACAGGACGGCGUCGAAGACAACGAGGGAGUGGUUGACUUCUCGUCCGUGGGACCCCCACCCCCUGCCCCGGUGGUGGAGGAGGAGGAAGAGGAGGACGAUGGCGAGCCUGAUCCGGCGAAGGACCUGGCGGAGGUGGUAAUGCAAGCCAUCUUCGAGUGGAACAUGAAGAACGAUGUUGUCGAUGCCCAGCGACCCACGGUGGACCUGGACGCGGUGGUGGAGGAGACGUACGAGGAGGCGAUGAGGUUGUACGAGUACUAUGAUCAGAUGAACGAAGAGAUCGCCAAGCAGGAGCGGGAGGAAGCAGAGAAGGCCAGAGAGGCGGAGGGACUGCCGGCGGUGGUGGAUGCCGACUUGGCGGAGGACGAAGAGUCUGGAACUCCUUAUCGGCCUCCCGCGGCUGUGACGAGCAUCUUCGAGCCGAGCUUCGAGGAUGACGAAGAGAUGCCAGUGAACCUGGAGGAGCCCGAUGCGCGUACGGUGGCCCUGGCGCGGCGACAAGAGUACCUCUACGGGUUCAGGCCGUCGGACCUGCCCAGGGAGGUGCUGGACGAGGUGGAGGCGGCGGGACCAGAGACGAGGAAGUUGGCCUACGUCAGGUUGCUGGCGGGCAUAUCGUCAUCUCCGUACCAGGACAACCUACACCUCGCCAGGCAGCUGAGAUGGGCAGCUGGGGUCCUCAUGCCGAGGGAUAACGCGGAGGGAGGGGCCCUGUCGCAAUCGGUGACCGACGAGGAGCUUACGGCGGCAAAUGUGCUCGCGGUGAAGACGUUGGUGAAUGUCACUGAGGCAUACCCGGGGGCUUCCAGGAGCGCGACGGGAGGGUGGUGUCUGUGGCUCUUGAAGACGCUGCGGAACAGGGACGAGGACGAAGUGGGACACCUGGCUCUGGACGAUGAGAGCGUCGGGAUGUUUUUCGACUUGAGGUCACAGGGCGAGAAGGACAGCAAGCGCAUGAAGGUCGGCAGCCGCAUGUUCCGAAAGGCCCUCGAGACGGAGGUGUUCAAGAUGGAGGCCGGAGGGCUGAUGGCCAACACCACACCGGACCAGCUAGGGGAGUAUGCGGCGGGAAUGGGGCAGCACAUCCUGUGCCUCGCGGGAGAGAUGAUUCCCUCCCACGACCGCCCCUUCAACAUUUUGAAGGACACCACUCGGGAGGUGCUGGACGAUAUGGCCACCAUGGCCUAUGACAAGGUCGUGAUGAGCAUGGGCAACGAGGUGUCUCCGCACUCUCGUAUGGUUGCGGAGUCGUGCCCCAUGACGGCGGCGGAAGUGCUCAAGGCGAUAGCUCAGCUGGCGUUCCACAUCGCCCAGCCGCUACGCUACUUCCAGACGGGGUUCAGCGGGAUCACGACUGUCAUCCUCCAGGACACCAUGAAGGAGAUGCAGCUGCUCAACACCGCCUUCCAGGAGAACAAGGAGUUCUACGAGGUCUACGCCAGAGACCACGUCAUCUCGGAGCUCACGAACCCGAGCCCAGCGGGGACGCUCAAGAUGAGCAGCCGCCUGCUACGGCGAGUGAUGGACAUGUACAAGAACGACGCCGUGUCCUCCAACAUCUUGGUGCUGUCGGAGGAGCUCUCCCAGAGGCUCUUCGAUGCCGACGAUUCCCUUCCGGACAUCAAACUGAGCUGGGACAACCUGAUGUGGAACCUGGAGAUCGACGACGGUGAUUACGAGAGCGAGAAGCAAAUGAAGGCGGCCAUGGACGGUGUGCUGGCGUCGCUUGUGGAGAAACUUAUCGAGGCAGGGAUGGAGCAGCCUUCGGCCAAGACCGCACAGAUGUGCGCCACCCUGGGUUUGGACGACGAGGCGAUGAGGAAGGCGUUCUCCCUCGUGAGCGGGGACAUAUUCGAGCAAUCUCUUCUCAAGAUGAUGCGGAGUCAGGGGACGGCGGCCGACGGCACACGGACAGUACUGUUCCGCUCGGACCCGCUCACGAAGGAAGAGCUAGAGGAGUUGAUGGCCACGGCGGUGAGAGUGGGCGUGUCGGGACCGAUGGCGCUCGAGGUUGUGGCUAAGGAGCUCCAGGUUUCCCUCAAGAACAUGGUGGUUCGGGCGGGGCAGAGCAUGCGAAACAACGUGGCAAAGGAAGGGGCUAAGAUCAUCGGGGAUGCGAACAUCCUCUUGGACGGCCUCUGCACACAGUUGGCCGGGGCGUUUGGGGCAACCGACAUCACCGAGACCCUCAGCAUCGCGGGCACGUUAGCGUCGCUCGACGAGUACUGGACGUCGGAGCUGUGCUUCAAGAUGGUGGAUGCCGUCCGCGAUCCCGAAGGGGCGAGGGCGGAGCUGGGUAUCCCGGGGGCGCUGACAUCAGACCCGGAGCCCCAAUGGGAAGAAGAGGCGCAAAGAAUACUCGAAAUCCUCGGCUUGAAGGGCAGGCGGUGAUGUAGAAUGUGGGGAAGCGAUUUCGAUCGAGUUUGGUGUUUGCUGACGGGCUGGAUUUUUUGUUGUUGUUGUUGGGGUGGGGAGGGUUGACCUGAGUAGCGACGGUUUCAUUCAAACUGUUCAAAUGAAACUGUGAAGAACGAAACUGGUGUCCGUGCAACUCCGGUGAUUUGAUUCCUUUUUCUGAAUGUGCUCGACGUUU